AUGAGAAGUAUCUGUGUAACACCCUGUGGAAAUGACAAUGUUCUAACAAGAUCACAAAAACAUCAGAACAAAUACUCCACCUAUGACGACAAAACAUCAAGAAUCUUCACUGUGACCAUCUCUGGUCUACAUUUGGAUGAAACUCAAACAUACUGGUGUGGAGUGAACAUAAAAGCAAGAAUCGAUCUCUUCACUGAAGUAAAGCUGGAAGUAAGAGAAGACAGAUGUUGCAACAACGUGAAUAAAAUCCAAAGUAUUGAGGAAGGUUCAGUGACCAUCAGCUGUCCGUACGACUCUCAGUCUGUCAACAAGCUGAAGUUCCUCUGCAGAGGAAACCGACCCUCCACUUGUCUUCAGCAGGCAGUGAUCACCUCUAGCAACACACAAAAUGGACGAUUCAGACUCUCUGAUGACAGGAAGUCAACAAUAUUCACAGUGACCAUUUCCAGUCUGACCCUGGAGGAUUCUGGGUCGUAUCUUUGUGGAGUCCAGAGAAACUCAGGAUUUGAUGAUUUCUCUGCUGUUGAGCUGGAGGUCAAAGAGUGGUGCUGUGUGGAGUCAAAGAACAUGAGUGGCAUUGUGGGACGUGCUGUAACCUUCCAGUGUCCUUAUCCACAUCAUCAUCGUAACAAUAUGAUGUUCCUCUGCAAAGGAGACCAGCGCAGCAACUGCACAUACAUGACUUAUCAAGGAAGAUUCACACUGCAUAAUGAUAAUGACACCUCUUUUUCUGUGGUGAUCACAAAACCUGAAGAAGAGGAUUCUGGGACAUACUGUUUAGCUCUGGUUGAGAAGAACAACGAGAUGUGGAGCCGUCAACUCAUCAUCAUCUGCACAGCUUUGAGUUUUGUGAUCAGUGCUGAAGGUUUGAUCAAAGUGUUUAAAUACGAGGGAAGAGGUGUAAAGAUUUUAUGCAGCUAUGGUCAGGUAUAUCAGACCAGUGAAAAAUACCUUUGUAAGAAUCAAUGUGGCUCCAGAGACGUUCUCAUUACAACAACACAGAAAAAUAAAGGAAAAUAUUCCAUCACUGAUGAUAAAAAGAUCGGAGUCGUCACAGUGACCAUCUCUGAUCUUCAAUCACGUGAUGCUGGGAAAUAUUGGUGUGGAAUCACAGUGUGGGGACCAGAUAUCUACACUGAAGUAAAACUGCACAUAAAAGAAGACAGAUGUUGCAACAACGUGAAUAAAAUCCAAAGUAUUGAGGAAGGUUCAGUGACCAUCAGCUGUCCGUACGACUCUCAGUCUGUCAACAAGCUGAAGUUCCUCUGCAGAGGAAACCGACCCUCCACUUGUCUUCAGCAGGCAGUGAUCACCUCUAGCAACACACAAAAUGGACGAUUCAGACUCUCUGAUGACAGGAAGUCAACAAUAUUCACAGUGACCAUUUCCAGUCUGACCCUGGAGGAUUCUGGGUCGUAUCUUUGUGGAGUCCAGAGAAACUCAGGAUUUGAUGAUUUCUCUGCUGUUGAGCUGGAGGUCAAAGCAAAAUUGUUCUAUCUGAAGUCGUACAACAUCAGUGGCAUCGAGGGACGUCCAGUAACUCUGCAGUGUCCUAAUUCAGGACAACAACAUGAUAACAAGAAGUUCCUCUGUAAAGGAGACCAACACAACAACUGUACAGACAUGAUGGAGAACCAAACAAAGUUCAAGCUGCUCAAUGUCUCCUCCAUCUGUUUCUCUGUGAUCAUCACUGAACUGGAAGCAGCUGAUGCAGGAACAUACUACUGUGGUUCAGACUCUCAGCUGACAUUCAUAAAGAUACAGCUGGCAGUCGACUCUCUACAUCAAACCAGCUCUGUGGCUCCAAUUAGCUCUGCUGAACAGGUUACAUCACAGCCACCAUCACAAAAUCCUGUUGUUCCAAAUCUCCAUAUGUUCUGGUCUAACUGGUCUAACUGGUCAAAGCUGCUCUUAUGA